AUGUCUCUGUUUGUCCAGGGGCCGGGCUUCUCCUCCUCCACCGCGCUCUCUGCAAUAUCCUCCACUGGUGCAGUGGAAACUAAGAUUCUGAUUGGAGAGGUGACAACGUUCUUUGUGAAAGCGGAGGGGGCUCAGGAGAAGACCAUUGUGACGGCUGACUGCUGUUACUUCAACCCCCUCCUCCGCAGGAUAGUACGCUUUCUGGGCGUCUACUCCUUUGGCCUCUUCGCCACCACCAUCUUUGCCAACGCAGGCCAGGUGGUGACAGGAAACCAGACCCCUCACUUCCUGUCUGCCUGCCGCCCCAACUACACAGUCUUGGGCUGCCAGUCCCCCAUGCAGUACAUCACAGAGCGCCGUGCCUGCACUGGGAACCCCUACCUGGUUGCGUCUGCACGCAAGUCCUUCCCCUCCAAGGACGCGGCCCUCAGCAUCUACUCUGCUGUCUACACAGUGAUGUACGUGACGCUGGUGUUCCGUACAAAGGGCACCCGGCUGACCAAGCCCACCCUGUGUCUGACCCUCCUGUCCCUGGCUGUGCUGGUGGGGGUGGUGAGGGUCACGGAGUACAGGAACCAUUGGGGUGACGUCCUGGCUGGAUACCUGACCGGAGGGGCCAUCGCUGCCUUCCUGGUGACAUGUGUGAUCAACAACUUCCAGCAGACGGCAUCAGCCCUGCCCCCGCUGCCCCCCCAGCGCCCUCAGCCCCCCCACGGCAUGCUACUGUCCACUCUACCUCGCGUGGAGAGUCCACUUGAAAAGUUCCAAGACUACCGUACACUGAGAUCACAUGACCAUCAGCCAUACCUGUGCCCCGUCCCUCCCGAUGUGCUCCUCCCCUCGCGGCGCUUCAUCUCCAGCGAAGUCUAGACCUGCCCUCCAUCUCUGAGCACCACGCCCCCUGCCCCGCCCACCCUGAGGGGCGGCCCCCUCUCCGACGCUCGUUCUCCACCCAGGUCUAGAACAUGGAACCUAGAACCUAAAUCACCCAGAUCCAACCUCAAAACAACCUUACCUGGGAGGGACUACCUGGACUUGUCCAAUAAGAAAGGCUUGUUUUCGUUUUCCGCUGCAAAACAUUAUGCUACGGUGUGCAGUAAUGAAUAUGACCCUGAAGUAGGUAGACCUUUACCCUAACCAUUAAUACAUGGUCAAAUAUCUUGUCAUCCUUGUAUGGUUAGGGUUGGGGGUAAGGGGAAUCUGAUCCUAGAUCUGUGGUUAGCCUCCAUCACCAAGGAGACGACCCAGGCCACGGCCAUGGUAACCGGCUAAGUCCUCUGCGGCUAAACGGAUUUGAUUGGAUAUGGCGUCCUUUAACCUCUGUCUGCCUCGACCUUGUUCAUCAAAUGUUGUUUUUCUGCCUUCGACUCUUUUGAUUUUUUUCCAAGAUGAUCCAGUGGUGAACAAAUACAAGCUCACCAAAGCCAAGACUACUAAGAGCUGUGGAAGCAAUUACAGUACCUUUCCCUUCGCCACAGUUCUAUUGUUUUGUCUCCACUUCUCCCGUUGG